GUCAAUGUCAUCAGAGUAUUCAGAGAGAGUUCUGUCAAUGUUAAUUUCUAUGUGUAUUGCUGUUGUUUAGGAUUAGCAUCAAAAAAAGGUUUAUUUUCCUCAUUUCCUAUCAAGCAAAGCGCGCCGGCUCGUGGGGCAGACGUGUUCAUCUUCCAUAGAGAACUUCGGUAAUCAUAAUUUAAAAGAGGAUUACUAUAAUGUCAGGCGAAGGCUCUAGUAUUGUGAAUGAUAAUAGGAAAGUGGCUCUGAUAACCGGCAUAACAGGGCAGGAUGGUUCAUACCUAGCCGAGUUCCUGAUAGACAAAGGGUAUGAGGUCCACGGCGUGCUCCGUCGAUCCUCGUCGUUCAACACGGGCCGCAUACAGCAUUUGUAUGGACAACCCGCGUGCCACACGGGCGGGCGAAUGCAUUUACAUUAUGGAGAUCUCACUGAUACUACCUGUUUAAUCCGCAUUAUUACUAAGAUCCGGCCCAAAGAGAUUUACAAUUUAGGAGCUCAGUCCCACGUCAAAGUUUCCUUCGAGUUAAGCGAGUACACAGCCCAAGUAGAUGCCCUGGGUACCCUGAGGCUGUUGGAAGCGGUCAGGGCAGCUGGCAUGGAGAAGGAAGCUAAGAUCUACCAGGCUUCUACCUCAGAACUGUAUGGAAAAGUGGUGGAAGUUCCACAGAAUGAAAAGACGCCUUUUUAUCCGAGGUCGCCUUAUGCUUGUGCAAAACUCUACGGCUAUUGGAUAGUAGUGAACUACAGGGAGGCAUACGGUAUGUUCGCAUGUAACGGCCUACUCUUCAACCACGAGAGCCCCCGCCGAGGCGAGAACUUUGUCACCAGAAAGAUUACCAGGGGCGUCGCCAAGAUAACCCUGGGCUUGAUGGAGUACCUCGAGCUUGGUAACUUGGAUAGCAAAAGAGAUUGGGGACACGCUAAGGAUUAUAUUGAGGCCAUGUGGCUAAUGCUGCAACAAGAAGAACCAGAAGACUUCGUAGUGGCCACAGGAGAAGCGCACAGCGUCCGCGAGUUCGUAGAGAAGGCGUUCUCUUGCGUGGGACGCCGCGUGUCGUGGCGCGGCAGCGGCGACGCGGAGACGGGGCACGAUGCCGACUCCGGCCAGCUGCUUGUGAAAAUCAACCCCAAGUACUUUAGGCCUACUGAAGUGGACCUGCUUCUGGGUGAUCCAUCCAAAGCUAAACAGAAGCUAGGCUGGGUGCCUCGAGUGUCCUUCGACCAGCUAGUCAAAGAUAUGGUGGAAGCAGACCUCGAGCUGAUGAAGAGGAAUCCGGAGGCGUAGGCUAAUAGGAUCAAUGCAAUUCUUCCAUUGGAAACGAGCAUUUGAAGCGCGUGUGAUUUCAAAUAAGAAGACUGUUGCUAGACGUGCGAUCUCCAACUAUCACAAUUAGAACUAUUGUUUAAAAGGCAGAACAUUG